CUUGCACAGAAGCUUCCAGAGUGGAGUAAAGAAUGGCCGUUGAACAUCCACAAGGCACCUGCAAGACUGUGAAUCAAGGUUGAGACCAAGAAAUUAUUUCUGAAAAAAAGGAUAUUUAUGGAAUAGAAUCAUCCUGAUGGGAGAUAAUGGAAAGACUUAUAAGAAACAGCAUUGAGUGUUCAAGUUUCAGAGGUGAUUGGGAAUGUAAAAGCCAGUUUGAGAGAAAACAGAAAUCUCAGGAAGGACAUUUCAGUCAAAUGAUAUUUACUCCUGAAGACAUGCCCACUUUCAAUACCCAGCUUCAGAGAAUUCAUACUGAUGAGAGACUCCUUGAAUGUAAGGAAUGUGGGAAGGAUUUUAGUUUUGUAUCGGUCCUUAUACGACAUCAGCGAAUUCAUACUGGUGAGAAACCUUAUGAAUGUAAAGAAUGUGGCAAGGCUUUUGGUAGUGGUGCAAACCUUGCUUACCAUCAAAGAAUUCAUACUGGUGAGAAACCUUAUGAAUGUAGUGAAUGUGGGAAAGCCUUUGGUAGUGGCUCAAACCUUACUCACCAUCAGAGAAUUCAUACUGGUGAGAAACCGUAUGAAUGUAAGGAAUGCGGGAAAGCCUUUAGUUUUGGAUCAGGCCUUAUUCGACAUCAGAUAAUUCACAGUGGUGAAAAGCCUUAUGAAUGUAAGGAAUGUGGAAAGUCCUUUAGUUUUGAAUCAGCCCUUACUCGGCAUCACAGAAUUCACACAGGUGAGAAACCUUAUGAAUGUAAGGAUUGUGGGAAGGCCUUUGGCAGUGGUUCAAACCUUACUCAACAUCGGAGGAUUCAUACUGGUGAGAAACCCUAUGAAUGUAAAUCAUGUGGAAUGGCCUUCAGCAGUGGUUCAGCCCUUACUCGGCAUCAGAGAAUUCAUACUGGUGAGAAACCAUAUAUAUGUAAUGAAUGUGGGAAAGCUUUUAGUUUUGGAUCAGCCCUUACCCGACAUCAAAGAAUUCACACUGGUGAGAAACCUUAUGUAUGUAAGGAGUGUGGGAAGGCUUUUAAUAGUGGCUCAGAUCUCACUCAACAUCAGAGAAUUCACAGUGGUGAGAAACCCUAUGAGUGUAAGGAAUGUGAGAAAGCCUUUAGAAGUGGUUCAAAGCUUAUUCAGCAUCAAAGAAUGCACACUGGUGAGAAACCCUAUGAGUGUAAGGAAUGUGGGAAGGCCUUUAGUAGUGGUUCAGACCUUACUCAGCAUCAGAGAAUUCAUGUGGGUGAGAAACCCUAUGAAUGUAAGGAAUGUGGGAAAGCUUUUGGUAGUGGCUCAAAACUUAUUCAACAUCAGCUAAUUCACACUGGUGAAAAACCCUACGAAUGUAAAGAAUGUGGAAAGUCUUUUAGUAGUGGCUCAGCUCUUAAUCGGCACCAGAGAAUACACACUGGUGAGAAACCCUAUGAAUGUAAGAAAUGUGGAAAGACUUUUGGUACUGGCUCAAGCCUUACUCAACAUCAGAGUAUUCAUACUGGUGAGAAACUUUAUGAAUGUAAGGAAUGUGGGAAGGCUUUUGGGAAGGGUACAAAGAUUCGGCAACAUAAGAAAACUUAUAUUGGUGAGAAGCCCUGUGAGCUGGAAACUCUAUAGGUAGGAAUUACAUGGUUAAGGAAGGACACACGACACAUAAGAAAAUUCAGACUAGUGCGAGUCCCUACAUAUGUAAUUAAGGUACAAAUGCCUUAUUUAUGCUUUACCACUUAGUCUGAGAGAAUUUACACAGGGAAAAAAACCCACUCUGAAUAAAAUAAAUAUUUAAAGAUCUUGAUUUUUAUUCCUUCAUUAUUUUUGGAAAAUUUAUACUUGUGAAUAUUAAAAAUUGAAAAACCUUUUAUUGUAUUUUGCCUUUAUUUUAAACAUUGAAAAACUUAUUUGGG